GUCGCUUACAGAGGCGUUCUUUUUUCCCUCUCUCUUCACUCUGCUCGUCCCUCCCCUCCUUUAUUUAGGGUUUGAAGUAUUUCGUGGAGAAUUUUUUCUGUAUCUCAAACCUAUUCCCCCUCUUUUUCUUCUUAUCCCCACUCUCUUUGAAGAUUUCAAGUGAAGCGGAAAAGAUGGAGCAGAGAUUAGCAAAUACUUGGCGGAUGACCAAUAACGAGAAGAAGUUCAUAGAGAGCGUGCUCGCUUCCGACCUCCGAGUUGACGGCCGCCGCCCCUUCGAUUACCGUGAUUUGACCAUUAAGUUCGGGAGAGAACAGGGUUUAUCAGAAGUGCAACUAGGUCAGACACGUGUGAUGAGCUACGUGACUUCUCAGCUGGUGCAACCUUAUCGAGAUAGGCCAAAUGAAGGGACUCUCUCAAUUUUUACUGAAUUUUCACCAAUGGCUGAUCCAUCUUUUGAGGCAGGACGUCCUGGAGAAUUUGCUGUUGAACUUGGCCGUGUUAUAGAUCGUGGACUUCGGGAAAGCAGCGCUAUGGAUAUGGAAUCGUUAUGUGUUGUUGUAGGGAAAUCAGUAUGGUCCAUACGUGUGGAUCUUCACAUUGUUGAUAAUGGAGGAAAUCUCAUUGAUGCUGCUAAUAUCGCCGCUUUGGUUGCCCUCUUGACGUUUCGGAGGCCUGAUUGUACAUUAGGAGGUGAUGAUGGUCAGGAGCUCAUAAUGCAUGAUGCUGAGGUUAGGGAACCAUUGCCUCUAAUAAUCCAUCAUCUUCCUAUUGCAGUAACUUUUGCAGUUUUUGGUGAGGGUAACAUCAUGGUGAUUGAUCCAACACAUAAGGAAGAGAUGGUGAUGGGCGGCAAGAUGACUUUUACAAUGAACUCGAAUGGUGACAUUUGUGCUGUUCAGAAGGCUGGAGGAGUGGGUGUCAUGUCAAGCAUAAUAAUGCAGUGUUUACAAAUUGCUUCUGCGAAAGCUGCUGAUAUUACAAGUAAAAUAAAGCAUGCAGUAGAGAUAUACAACACUGAGAGAGCAUCACAGAAGGCUAACCAUUAUUUAUUAGAAGUGGCAAACCAAGUUAGUCUUUCUGAUGUCAUCAUGAAGGAGAAACAAGUUGAGAACUUAAUAGAACAUCUAGCAUAUAUGCCAUUGGAUGAACUAGAGAACUCUAAUCAAGGUGAUGCGUUGGCAGUUGACACAAGAACAAAGCACGAGAGCAUUAGCCAAGGAAGAUAUACUCGUGCAUUUGUUCGUGGUCCUGCAAAUUGGGAUCCAUACUCAAGGGGGAUUUCUUCACGUUUGGCUACAAGCUUUCCAACUUUACCUGAUGCUCAGGUCAACUCGUUCAAUCAGUUGGCCCAGUUCUAGAAGACUGGUGGGAAAAGGGAGAUUUGAAGCUGAAGGAAAACCCAAGAGGGGGAAAACCAAGAUAACAAGAUGCUUUGGGCUUCAAGAAAACAUUCUUAAAGAAAAAUCCAUAAUAAAGAUUUGCAGUUGUUCACUGACGCAAAACAAUAGUCUUUUGAAUAUUAUAUGACCCAGUUGGCAACCAUCACAAAAAGUUUACAGGAGAGCAAAAUUGCAUCCAUUUCUUUUUCUAGCAGUAUUUGAAUACUUUUCCCCCUAUUGUCCUACCUCUUGAGAUGGAUUUUAUGAUUUUUUUUUGUGGUCUCAUUAAGGCAUCAGGCAAGUAAUAUACCUUGAUGACUGGUAAAAUCACAACCUUUUAUUCCCAUAUUUUUAUCUGAACCCCAAGAUAUCUAUACGUUAAAUUUUUUGGGCAUGUAUACCCUUAAAAGUUUGCCAGAUUGUGUUUAUGCUCUAAAUAUCCAUAUAACAUAAUCACUCUUGUAAACCAACAAAUACCUAGUUGUCACAAACCAUCCAUAAGCAUCAAAGUUAUUCCAGUUAAAUGAGUUAUUGUGAAAUCAAGUUGCUGCUUGCUACGUUCGCUCCUCCAUUGUGCCUUUAUGCAAUGAUGAAAAUUUGAUUUAGCAUGUUUCCUGAAAAUUUUGUUUCCCCUGAUUUAAGUUUUUGUUUCAGCUAUGUGAAACCAAGAUACAGCUUGCUAUGUCUGUUCCGCCAUUGUGCAUCGAUGCAACGAUGAAAAUUUGAUUUAGCAUUGUUUCUGAAAAAUGUUUUUUGCCCUGAUUAAGUUUUUGUUUCAGCUAAGUGAUAGAUUUUUAUUAGGAUACUAAUGCACAGUAGUAAUUAUGUUGUCUGACAUGAUAAUAUACACUUUUUGGUAUUAAAAUGUUUUUAGCAGUGAGGACACUUGCAAAGCACUGGUGAGAAUUCAGUGCUGCAGAUUUUAGCCAAUAGGAUAUAGACACAUGCAUAGCAUGUGACAGUUUGUGGCAACGUCUAGUAAAGAAGAGCUGAACAAGACCAAUCAACCUAGGCAUUUGACUUUUUGGAAGAGAUUUAAUCUUGCGUUCCCCCUGCUUUUGAUUGUUUUCUUCUGAAGAUGUCUAUCAUGUUUUCAUUCUGAAUAAUAUUAUUGUUGCGGAAGUUCUUCUGCCACUUGUAACAGAUCACCAUUGAUGGA